AUUGAUUCCAUCACGGCAUCACCCCAACCGAAACCAAAAGAGCAGACAAGACUGCGGCGGGGUGGCUUCUAUUCCGCGUCUGCACCGCUUUUCUCGCGCAAAUUAUUUUCAUCCGAUUUCCCAAAAGAAAAGGAGAAAUAUUUUUCUGGAUGCAUACGAUCAAAGCAGGGUAGUGUUGCCGGUGAGAUUAAAGAAUUUCUGUGGAUAGACUUUUAAUUGAAAGAAAGAGAUUGAAGUAGAGCAUCAUGGGUGUUUGUUGCUGUUUGCCUUUUGAGGAUGUUGAGGAGCACAGGAAUCCAAGCAGUUCAGUCUACAGGAACUGUACAUGUCUCAGAUGUUUUGUUCAGAAUUUUCUAAGCCUGUGCGCCUCAUUGUUUCGAAGAGGGGAUGUGCAUUCUCUCUCUUCGUCCCUUCAGGGGACUGCAUCUAUGACUUCUAGUGCAUCACUGGACAACUCCCUCUCUGACAUGUACCACUCUCCUCCAAGACCCUUGCCUUAUGAUGCCGACCCCAGAUAUUUACGGUUGCAGCGUGAUGGUUUGGUUUCUAGACGGGAAAAGGGUACAGGUUAUUCACAUGAAGAAUCAGAGCCUUUAAGAAGUGAAAAUGAUGUGGAUUCAGAAGAUUUCAUUGCAGGAGACAAAUGGAAUGAUUCUACUUGCGAAGAAGGAUUCAAGGAACAGUGUUCUAGAUCCUCACUGAAGCUCUCACCAGCAAAAGCAACAGUUGGAAUUGGGUAUAUUUAUUCACUAUCGGAAGAUGAAGAUGCCUGUCCAACUUGUCUUGAAGAAUACACUCCAGAGAACCCUAAAAUAAUGACAAAAUGUUCUCACCACUUCCACCUUGGUUGUAUUUAUGAGUGGAUGGAGAGAAGUGACAGUUGCCCUGUUUGUGGAAAGGUGAUGGUGUUCGAUGAAACGACAUGGGCUUCAAUGAAGGAUGGAACCAACAACAUGAGAAAUUAAAGACGAGUGGUAUAGAGUUCUUUGUGAAGUAUUGAAGGUUAAAGUGUUUGGCAUCCAUGGUAAAUAUGAAAUUGUUACGGUGACAAUAUGAAUAUCUCCAAAUGUCAAUUUUCUUUCUGAGUUAUGAAAAUCUGGCCAGUCUAGAAGAUGUGAAUGAGAUGAAAAGAAGCUGAAAAGGAACAUUGAUUUUCAUUUGCAAAUGCAAAUCUUUGAUCGGUUA